UUUCAACUUAAGAAGCUUUCACUUCUCAAGCUCCUCAAGAAAGAGAAUGGAGAGAAUGUCUUCUUCAAUACCUAAAUUCCUUCUAAUUAUAGCACUAAUUACUGUUCUUUUUACAUUAACACAAGCUGAAGUACAAGGUUCAUUUGAUGACAAUUUUAGUAAAAGUUGUCCUGAAACACAUUUCAAGACUUCUGAAGAUGGACAGAUCUGGUAUCUUUCAUUAGAUAAGAAAGCAGGAUGUGGAUUUAUGACCAGGCAAAAAUAUAGAUUUGGGUGGUUUAGUAUGAAGUUGAAAUUGGUGGGAGGUGACUCUGCCGGUGUUGUCACAGCUUACUAUAUGUGUACAGAAGAUGGAGCAGGGCCAACAAGAGAUGAAUUAGACUUUGAGUUCUUGGGAAAUAGAACAGGGGAACCUUAUACUAUUCAAACCAAUGUGUACAAAAAUGGGACUGGUAAUCGUGAGAUGAGACACAUUCUUUGGUUUGACCCCACCGAGGACUUUCAUACUUAUUCCAUUCUUUGGAACACCCACCAAAUUGUGUUUUUCGUGGAUAGAGUACCAAUAAGGGUAUACAAAAAUGCGAAUUAUACGAAUAAUUUCUUCCCAAAUGAGAAGCCAAUGUACUUGUUUUCAAGCAUAUGGAAUGCUGACGAUUGGGCUACAAGAGGUGGUUUGGAGAAAACAAAUUGGAAAAAUCAACCAUUUGUUUCAAGUUAUAAGGAUUUUAGUGUAGAUGGUUGUCAAUGGAAAGAUCCAUUUCCUGCUUGUGUUUCUACUACCACUAAAAAUUGGUGGGAUCAAUAUAAUUCUUGGCAUUUAUCAAGUGACCAAAAAAUGGAUUAUGCUUGGGUACAGAGAAAUCUUGUGACUUAUGAUUAUUGCCAAGAUACUGAGAGAUUUCCUAAAAAGCCUGAGGAAUGUUGGUUAAAUCCAUGGGAUUAAUAAAUUUAAAGAUAUAGGUAAAUUUGUUAUGAGAGGAUGGAGUAUUUAAUUUUUUGAUGUUGAGUAUAUAUGUUGUAUUAUUUCUCAUGCCUAUUGUAUCAUUGAAUUUAUUAUAUUAUUGAAGCCUUCAAUUUUUUGUUUUUU